UUUUUGUGCUAAGCAUGUCGUCAUCUGGGCCUUAACUUAGAUCGGAAGAGGCUUCCCCACAGGUCCUGCGGUGAGGUGACCCUCCCAAGCUUAGCUUUGCAUCUUCAUUUCCAUGUGUUCUAUUCAUGGAGGUAGUCCUGUUCAGACCCUCUAGACAGUCCCACACACUGGCAGAGUGCGCGCCAAGCAGAUCCUGAGCACCAAAGUGGCGAAGAUGGCCAUAAAAUUUUGUUGCUUUGCCAAGGAACCUGUUGAAGAUGUUACAGUUUGGAGCGAGUCGAUCGAAAAGCUGCUGGAGUCACCAGCUGGCAUGCAUGCCUUUACGGAGUUCCUGAAGUCUGAGUACAGUGAGGAAAACAUCCUCUUCUGGCUAGCUUGUGAGGAAUAUAAGAAGAUCACGUGCAGGACAGAAAUGACGUGUGAGGCCAAUAGGAUCUACUCGGAGUUUGUACAAACAGAGGCUCCCAGGCAGAUCAACAUCGACUGUAAGACCCGAGCGACAAUAUCAAAAAACAUUUCGGAACCGGAACUGGCCACCUUCGAAAUGGCCCAAGCUCAGAUCUACAGGCUCAUGACGAGGGACUCAUACCCACGGUUUUUAAAAUCCGACAUCUACCAAGCGUUGCUGCAGAAUUGAGGCCACACCUUACUUUCUCUAGGAUUAAAAUGUCUUUCUUUAAGAGUGUGUGUUUGGUUCCCUGGUAAAUGCAGGUACAUGUUCAUUCAGGUUUAAAACGCUGAGUUCCCAUGGAGUUCUACCAUAAAAGCCGCUCUUAAUAGGCCAUUUGGAACUGAGGAACUAAAAGGUUUUUCGUAAUACAAUAUAGUGAUUUAACUCAAUAUGACAGUAUAAUGUAUCUUCACCAAAAGUAAAUUUUCACCAUGCAUAAAAGAGACCAAGAUAAACAACUACUGAUCUUAAAGAUUUGUUGAGAUGCUUUCAAAAGAUAUUUUGAUUCUCUGCUGAGGAAAAUGCUUCGAUUUUCCUGCAUAUAUUAUAUUGUUUAAAAAAUAUAUAUAAAAGAAUAAAAGUGUGUACUAUA